AUGUCAGUCACAGAAAGCGUUGUCGAGGCCGGUGGCUUGAUCGCCGAGAAGCAUGUCUGGUAUCGUUCAACCUUAUUCAAUGCCUGUCUUAUUGGUUUUGUGGGCUUCUUGGCCCCCGGAUUAUGGAAUGCUAUGAACUCAUUGGGUGCGGGAGGAGAGGAGAAGCCAUUCCUGGUCAACGCGGCUAAUGCCUUGGUUUUUGGUCUGAUGGGUAUUUUCUGUAUAUUCGGUGCCCCCAUUGCGAACCGUAUUGGUCUCAAGUGGGCAUUGGUUAUUGGUGCGACUGGAUACCCCUUGUACUCGGCUGGUCUAUACACCAAUGAUCGAUUUGGAAAUAUCUGGUUCGUUCUAUUUGGCUCGGCAUGCUGCGGUAUCUCUGCAGGACUGUACUGGGCUGUGGAAGGUGCCAUUGCAAUCGGUUACCCCGAGCCAGAGAAGCGAGCUAAGUACCUGAAUAUUUGGGUUAUUUGGUCGACCAUGGGUCCUGUUGUCGGUGAUGCCAUCGUCCUGGGACUUAACAUCGAAACAGGUGGUGAGGGAAGUGUAGGAUACACCACCUACAUUGUCUUCAUCGCUCUGCAGUGUCUUGCUGUUCCCCUCGCUCUGGCUCUGAGUUCUCCGGAGAAGGUGCAGCGAAAGGAUGGAUCCCGCGUCAUUGUUCGCCCCGGACAAAGCUGGAAGGAUGAAUUCAAGGCCUUGUGGCGGACUUGCAAAAUGCGCAGCGUUAUCCUCUUGCUGCCAAUUUUCUGGGCAAUCUACUUCAAUGAGUAUUCCAGCAACUAUGAAACUUACUAUUUCACUGUUCGCGCUCGUGCUCUCAUUGCGUUCGUCUCCAACUGGAUCUGUAUUUUGGCAUCACAGAGUCUGGCACUUUUCCUGGACUGGAAGAAGUUUGACCGCAAGACUAGAAUCACUUACUCCUGGUACUGGGUCAUGCUGGUCCAUGUUGUGACUUGGAUCUAUGCCUGGGUUGUGCAAUCUGAGUACACUCACUCCCAACCCAUGUUCGAUAUCCACACUCCAGGAUUUACCAAGGGUGCCUUUGUCAUUUUCCUGUGGCAGUUCGCCCAACAGAACGGCCUUAACUGGUUGUACUACCUCAUUGGUCAAUUGACAGAUGAUAUUUCCGAACUCACCCGUCUGACGGGUAUUCUGCGUGGACAGAUCAGUUUCGGCGAGGCCAUUUCCUAUGGUCUCAAUACCCAUGAUUGGUAUGGUGGUCGCGCUCCCAUGGCUGUGAACACUAUUCUUCUCGGUCUCUGUGUGGUUCCCACCUGGAUCGCUGUUCGCAAUUAUGUCCCUGAUGAGAACGCCCCAAAGGCCGAUGAUGCGGCUAAGUCUAUUCACGAGUCUGAGUCCGAUCAGAAGCCUGAGAUUGACACAGAAGUCGUUCUUCCUGAGAAACAGGAAUAA